AUGUCGGCAUCAGACAUUUCCGACAUGAAGCAACAUGAUGCUCAGCAUGUGGAGAGUGUCAGGAGCCUUGUCACCAUUGACAAUAUCCAAGUGCUCGGUCUGAGUCCUGAGGAUACGCAGUUCUACACAAGCUUCUCCGCGGAACAGAAAAAGGCACUCUUACGCAAGGUCGAUAUUCGCUUGGUGCCAAUGUUGGCCGUGCUUUACUUAAUCUCUCAGAUUGACCGAGCCAACAUCGGAAAUGCAAAGAUUGAGGGGCUCACGGAAGACUUGCGACUAAGUGGCAUCCAGUAUAACAUUGUACUGAGCAUCUUCUUUGUCCCCUAUGUGCUUCUGGAGGUGCCAAGUAAUAUCCUACUCAAGAGCUUUUUCAGGCCUUCAGUCUAUCUGGGAAUUCUCAUCACUUGCUGGGGAAUUGUGAUGACCCUAACAGGCAUUGUGCAAAAUUUUGCUGGUAUGCUCGUCACACGUCUCCUCCUGGGUGCCUUCGAAGCCGGAUUCUACCCUGCAGCAGUAUAUCUGUGCACAUUCUGGUAUAUGCCCAAGGACCUCGCCUAUCGCGUUUCCAUCUUCUACUGUGCCAGUGCGCUUUCUGGGGCUUUCUCGGGUCUUCUGGCCGCCGGCAUUGCGCAAAUGCAUGAAAUCGGUGGCCAGGAAGGCUGGCGAUGGAUCUUCCUGCUAGAAGGACUUGCGACGGUAGUUCUCGGCGUGAUGUGCUUUUUCCUGCUCAUUGAUUCACCGAAAAGAUCAAGCAAGUGGCUUAGCCCCGACGAAAUCCGAUACCUUGAGCUGCAACAUUUCAUAAAAGAAGGGGGUGAUUUCAAAGACCAGAGAAAGAGGGUUUCUUGGGAGGAGCUGAAAACCGUUUUUCUCAACUGGAGGUUGUAUCUGCUGGCGUAUAUCUUGCUCUGCCAGUCUGCCUCCGCGUACGGCCUCAAAUUCACCAUGCCUACUAUCACGAAGGCCAUGGGUUUCACCAAUACGAACGCGCAACUCAUGGUUGCGCCCCCGUAUAUUGCGGCUGCCAUCUCCGCCAUCUGUUGCUCGAAACUGUCCGACCUCUUCUACUGGCGAAUGCCCUUCGUUGCGAUACCAUUGAUGGUCGUCACGAUUGGCUACUCAAUUGUUAUCUCGUUCCAUGGACAAUUGAAGGAGAACAUUGGCCCUUGCUACUUCGCUAUGGUCCUUGUCUGUAUCGGUCUUUACCCGACCCACCCUGCAACCACCUCAUGGUUGGCCAACAACCUGGCCCCAUCCGGGCGCAGAGCCAUUGGCCUUGCUCUUAGUAUCUGCAUUGGGAAUACCGGCGGCGUUAUCGGUAGUUACAUGUACAUGGAUAAGGAGGCCCCCACGUAUUAUACCGGGUUUGGCUUGUCACUCGCUUUCGGUGGCUCUGGUUUGAUUGCAGCGCUUCUGCUGGAGCUUUCAUAUAUUUAUGGCAACCGAAGGAAAGCAAAUGAAUCCGAAGCGGAAAUCAGAGAGCAAUACACGGAUGACCAGCUGUUGGCGAUGGGUGACAAGUCUCCAUUAUUCAAGUACACGCUGUGA